AUGUCUUAUGUAUGUAUGUAUGUAUGUAUGUAUCUAUCUAUCUAUCUAUCUAUCUAUCUAUCUAUCGUCUUCAGAUGUAACUCAGUAUUUUCCUUAUCUAUCUAUCUAUCUAUCUAUCUAUCUAUCUAUCUAUCUAUCUAUCUAUCUUGUUCUCUUCAGAUCUAUCUCUGUCUUUUCCUUAUCUAUCUAUCUAUCUAUCUAUCUAUCUAUCUAUCUAUCUAUCUAUCAGAUCUAAUCUAUCUCUUUAUCUAUCUAUCUAUCUAUCUAUCUAUCUAUAUAUAUAUAUAUAUAAUUAUUCUUUUUAUAUUUAUAUCUACGUGUUUAUUUUUAUAUCUAUCUUAUUUAUCUAUCUAUCUAUCUAUCUAUCUAUCUAUCUAUCUAUCUAUCUAUCUAUCUGCUUAUUCUUUAUCUAUCUAUCUAUCUAUCUAUCUAUCUAUCUAUCUAUCUCAUCUGGUUAUAUCUCUGUCAACGCCUUCUUUUCUCUGUUUAUAUUUAUAUCUACAUCUUCUUUUCGUAUCCAUCUAUCUAUCUAUCUAUCUAUCUAUCUAUCUAUCUAUCUAUCUAUCUAUCUAUCUAUCUAUCUAUCUAACAUUAAAUAGUACUCUUCUGAUUCUCCCACCUCUUCCGUCUCCUCUUGCUACCACUCACACCCCAUCAUCACUUCCCAUCUUGGUUCUUUCUUUCUAUUCAUCAACGUCUUUUCUUUGCAUGUUCACUGUUUUCUUUCUUUCUUUCUUUCUUUCUGUUCUCUUUCUUUCCAUUCAUCUUCAUUUCUUUCUUUCUUUCUUUUCUCUUUCUUUCCCUUCAUCUUCCUUUCUUUCUUUCCUUCUUUCUUUUUUUCUUUCUUUCUUUUCUCUUUCUUUUCUCUUUCUUUCCAUUCAUCUUCAUUUCUUUCGUUCUUUCUGGCUUUCUUUCUUUCUUCUGUUUUCAUUUUUAAUAUUUUCUUCUAUUUUCUUUCUUUCCCUUCGUCUUCAUUUCUUUCUUUCUUUCCUUAUUUCUUUGUUUGUUUCUUUCUUUCUUUUAAUCAUUCUUUCUUUCUUUCUUAAUAUUUUCUUCUAUUCCCUUUCUUUCCAAUCAUCUUUGUAUCGUUUUGUCUUAUUUUCUAAUUACUUAUUUUCAUUCUUUCUUUCUUUCUUUCUUUCUUUCUUUCUUUCUUUCUUUCUUUCCAUUCAUCUUCAUUUCUUUCGUUCUUUCAUUCUUUCUUCUCCAUUUUCAUUCUUUUUUCAUUCUUUUAAAUUUUAUUUUCCUACAUUUCCAUUCUUUCUCCUCCUCCUUCUCCUCUUACUCCCCCUCUCUCUCCACCUCCACUUUCUUCUCUUUCCACUUCUUGCUCCUCCUUCUCCUCCUCAUUCUUCUUCUUCUUUCUCCCCUCCCUCGUCCUCUUGCUUCUUCCUCCUCCUUAUUCUCUUCAUUCUUCAUUCUUCUUCUUCUUCUUCUUCUUCUUCUUCUUCUUCUACUACUACUACUACUACUACUACUACUUUUCACCCUACUCAUCUCUUCUUCUUUCUCCUUCGUCUUCUUUCUUCUCCUCCCACUCCUCCUCGUAUACUCUUCCUCUUUUUCUUAAAUCCAAUAAUUGCGUUAUACAUAAAAUCAUCUAUCUAUCUAUCUAUCUAUCUAUCUAUCUAUCUAUCUAUCUAUCUAUAUAUUCUAUUCGUGUAUACAUCAUAA